CUGAGUAGUGGUAUAGAGAUGGUCCUGGUGACCCCUCUGCCACCACUGUGUGUGUGUAAUGUGGCACUAUGGUCUUUGUUUGUUUGACAUCGCUGCCCUUUGUUCCUCCCUGAUCAUGGCAAAGACAAUGGAUAUUGUAUCUGCAGCCACAAAGAGAAGCUCUUUCUUCAGGCCCCUGAAGCCAGGGUUUCACCACUCUCUCCACCAUCUCUCGCUCGCCUGGUGACGCCUGUGACCGCUGGAGAAAGAGGGCAGGACCAGAGUUAGUAGGGGCUGAGCUGGGAGGUGUUGGUACCAGCAAAGAAACUGCCACAUACAGAUGAAGUCAGCGCUGGGACUUAUUUUACCGUGGCAAUAGCUUGUAGGCAGCACUGUAUACAUCACUGGUUGGCAUUGGGAUCUCUCUUGUUGUGGAGUACAGGAUCAGAAGCAGCAAAUGUUUCCGGUCAGGCAGCCUUGGCUUUGCAAAGCCUUAGGUUGCUAUGAUUGCUGUAUCCGGUGCAUUGGGGCAGUGCCCUACCCAUCCCUGGUGGCCACCCUGCUGUUCUAUGCUGGCGUGGCAUUAUUUUGUGGCUGUGGACAUGAAGCGUUGUCCCAGACCGAAGUCCUCGUCGAGACUUACUUCGCCCGCAAUGCUCAAGACUUUGUUGUCAUGGCCUCCUUUAUCAAAUACUUCCAGUACGUGAUCUAUGGCCUGGCAUCAUUUUUCUUCCUCUAUGGUAUCUUGCUGCUGGCUGAGGGUUUCUACACCACAAGUGCUGUAAAGCAGACCUUUGGUGAAUUCAGGAGCACCCAAUGUGGCCGCUGCCUCAGUCUGACGUUUAUCAUAGUGACGUACAUCUUGGCUUUCAUCUGGCUGGCAGUGUUUGCCUUCACUGCUAUCCCAGUCUUCUUCUUGUUCAACAUGGAGCAGACCUGCCACAACAUCAACAUCCUGGCUGAAACAACCCCCAGCAUUAAUCAGCACGGCUGGAUUUGCAUGGACGCCAGACAGUAUGGUCUGCUUCCUUGGAAUGCAAUGCCAGGCAAGGCUUGUGGAUUGACCUUGGCAUCUAUUUGCAAAACCAGCGAAUUCUACGUCACCUAUGACUUGUACAUAGCUGCAUUUGCUGGUGCCGUCGUCACUCUCUUAGCACUGUUUUUGUAUCUGGCAGCCACCACCUACAACUACGCAGUCUUGCGGUUCCUGGGCAGGAAAGGGGUCCGCUAAGUUCACCCAGUCAACCCCCAUCCUCUGGCUAUGAGAUGGACAGUCAACACUAGACUUCCAUUCAUCCUCUGGGAAACAGCAAACCUGGAUCACCUGCUAUAUUAUUUCUUUAGACCUAGAUUCACACUCAGCAGCAAGCUCCGGCCUCCUCAACAAAGCCUCCUCUCAGAGGAUUCUCUUAGCUGUGUUGUUCAUUUUCCUCUAGCAGGUUGCAUCUCUCAUGUUUUUCUUUUUGUGAAGCUUCAUUGGUGCUGAUGCUGUUGUCAGAUUGUGAUGCAUGACAUUUCAUGAAUAAUUAAGAGCAAUGACAGCUCGCCUCGCAAAUCAUAACUGCCUGCACUCCAUUCAGUGUUUACUGAUGCAUAUUUUGGUUCUGAAUAUGAUUUUGCUGCUGCCUCAUUAUCACCAUCUUGUGUAGCAACAUUGUGUGAACUAAAGCAAGGGAGGCUGAAUGUACCAAAGUUCUCUGCAUGGGUUGGGUGUAUCCUCCCAUCUCCCUUCGUGCUUUCACUUACAAUACAUGUACUUUGCAUUCAUUCAUAAUGUAUUUUGUUUAAAUGCCAAUGUGUAGGAGGGAAACAAAGACAUGUAUUCAUUUUUCUGGAUGUUAGGGGUUUACUGCUUAAAAUGAGCUGAUUUAUGUUACUGAGGUGUUAAUGCGUCUAUAACAUGCAGCCAGGUGACUCAUGUUUGAUGUGUAGCCCUGCUACUUACUGAGCUGGGUUGUGUUGUGUGUGCUCAUUGUUAAUUAAGGCUGAUUAAACCAAUUAAA